AUGAAAUUUCAAGAAUUGAUUGAGGUGGAUGAUUACAACCGCCGAACUGACGAUGUAAAAACUCAGGGCUCAUUUGAGUCCCUGAUGAUUUCACCAUCUACCAUAGUAAAUCUUCGAAAUCAUGGCUAUCGAAUACCGUCACCGGUACAGAUGAAGGCUAUUCCCACAGGAUUGACUGGCUUAGAUAUGCUGGUCCAAGCGAAAUCUGGAACUGGUAAAACGCUUGUGUUUUCCAUACUGGCUGUUGAGAAUUUAAAUCUACAGUCCCAUGAAGUACAAAAAAUGAUAGUAGCUCCCACUAGGGAAAUCGCCAGCCAGAUCAAAGACACCAUAAAAAUGAUUGCACACUUCAAAACGCGGAUUGCUUUGCUAGUUGGUGGGACUCCUGUACAUUUGGAUGUGCAAGCUCUUAGGAGAGGUGCUCAUGUUGUGGUUGGCACAGCUGGAAGGAUAUGUCAAAUGGUGCAGAAUGGUAACCUUAACAUGGACUGCAUAGACUUGUUUGUUCUUGAUGAAGCUGACAAGCUUAUGGACGAUUGUUUCCAGAAAGAUAUCAAUUACCUAUUUUCUGCUCUCCCACCUUCACGUCAAGUAGCAGUGUUUUCGGCAACGUACCCUAGAGAUUUGGAUAAACUUCUGACAAAAUUCAUGCGGGAUGCUUCACUGGUGCGUCUAAAUUCUGAAGAUGUGCAACUUAUUGGGAUUAAGCAGUAUGUCGUGAUGUGCAAUGAACCAGCACUCGAUUUCGUUCAUCGCUUACUAAAAUCAGUGCACUUCAACCAAGCCCUAAUCUUCUGCAAUCACCACCAACAAUGUGAACCCACCUGUGUUCACUUAGAGGACGCUGGAUUUCUCUCAGCCUGCAUUUCUGCUCAAUUGUCCCAAACCCAACGCGAUGCUGUUAUCGAAAAAUUGAAGCAAAAUAAAUUGAAAGUGCUCGUCUCUACCGAUCUGACUGCUCGUGGUAUUGACGCUAUCAACGUUGACUUAGUUAUUAACCUAGGAUCUUCCGUCAAUGUAGAAACAUAUUUUCACCGAAUUGGAAGGGCUGCGCGUUUCGGUGGCUAUGGAGCAGCAGUAACUGUACUUUCGGACUUUCGAGAAACUAGUCGAUUUAAAGCAGUAGCCUUGGAAGGCGACUUGAACGUUAGAAUCUUAGAUUCCAAAAGAGUACCUUCGGAUCUGACAACGAACCAAACUUAUUUCGAGUCCUGCACUCAUUUUAAGGUUGUAUGUUUAUCUGAUAUAUUCCAAUCAAUCCUGAUUUGCCAGGGCAGAGUUAAAUUUAGAUUCGUUCCAUCUUUUCAAAAGAAAAAACGAUUUUUCUACAUGCGUGGUGAGCUGUUAAAGAUCCGGGAGUCUUUAAAUGAGGCUACAUGGAGGCAGUACGCUAUAUCCAGAUUUGACAUAUCUCAAGAUCCUUUUCUGCCCUCCGAUCGGCUCCUUAACCGCCAGAAGAAAAAACUGAAUAAGCCAUGUUUAGUCUGGUUAAUUGUCCUGAAAAUAUUCAAGGUUUGGCUUUCCUACGCGAAGGCUCGCUGGGAUACUUCUGAGGAGCCGUUUCAGUUAGAUCAGUAUAUGCGCUGUUCGUUCGAGGAACAACUUCGCCGACAACGGCAGUUGGAGAAGAAGCGUCGACUGAAAGCACAACUGGAAAAGCCGAAGAUUUUGGCUUUUGCUCGAACAUACUCUGGAAUGUCAGUCUUCGAAACAUCUUUUGAUUCGUUUUGUGACAGAAUAAACAAAGAAUUCCAAGAACAUCAGAAGAAACAGGGGGUAACUUCUGGCGGCUUUGGCCCAGUGGUAAGUGAUAUUUAUUAA